CUGUAAUAAGUAACAAGGACAAAUUUCGUUUCCUCUGUUCUCAAGUCUGGGGUAGUUUAUAGGAAAAGCGAAAGCACAAAGCAUAGACACUUAACUCGCAGGGGACGAAUGCAGGCUCUGUGCUUUACAUCUCACGGCUACAUGUUUGGAAGCCAUGGCAUUUUCCGAUAGAAAGCCUUCUGAAAUUAUAUGGAGUGCUAGAAGGAAAUUAGCAGAAGAUCUUCUUCUAAUCGACUCAGAGCUGAUCUUGGAUGUGGCAGAUUCCCACCUGCUCCUCACACAGGGGGAGUUCUUCUCCCUGAGUGAAAUAAAGGAUCCCCAAGCAUUUGUGGAAUGCCUGAUCAAGUUAGUGCUGGGAAAAGGAGAAUCAACGCAGGAACUUUUCUUGGACUGCCUGGAAAACCUGAGGCACGCCUUCCCAAGCCUUCAGCCCAUUUCUGAAUAUGUAGAAGAUGAUCACUUGAAUCUCAGGAAUGACCUUCAGGUCCCAGACUCUGUUGAAUUUUCAGGGGAAAGAAGUAGAUCCAAGAGCAUGGAUCUGGCUAGAUCUGGAAACCAGGAUGCUCCCCAGUCCCAAGAGGGCGUAGGAGAGGUUGAGACUAGACAUUCUCCUGUAUCCUCAGAGGCAGGAAGUGGAUCUCAGAGCCCAGAUGAUACUAUUAUGCUUCCAGGGAGUGCAAGCAGCACUGAGGACCAAGAUGCCAAUCUUCUGCUCUCCAGCAAAGAAAGAGAAGUCAAGACUCCAGAUGCCCUGGAUGUAGCUGAGAACCCCAUUGGCGCUGCCGUGUGCACAGAGAACGGAGGUAGAGAUGAGGAUCUAGAGAGCUCUGCAUCUCCGCGGGUAGGAAGUGGGGCUGAGAGCAAAGGAAGUGGAGCCAGCGAUGGGAACUGUGACAAAUCUGAAGGUACAGGAAAUGGAGCGCAAAUUCCUGACAUCUCUGCAUCAAAGGGAGAAGAAGAGGGAGCCCGACAACUGGAUGGCUCCAAGAGAAAAAGGACAAGCAAGUCUCCCACGAGAAGGGAAAGAUCUGAGAAAGCAAAAGGUGGUAUGUAUCAACAAUAA